AUGCGUUUCAGGAAUAUCCCGAUGAAAACAGCUUCAACUGUGCUAGCUCAGCCGACCGAGUUAAAAUGGGUACGUACGGGUAAAGUACCAGUUAAUGAGGUGAUGGGCCGCGGGUAUGGCCAAGCGGGUACGUUGAAGUCGCAAUCGAAUGCAACCAUUGGACGGACAAUAUUGCAACGCCUGGUUGGCAAUAAUGUCGAUCCAGAAGCAAUCUUCAGUGCAGCCUUACGUCAGAUGCCUCAAGUGCCAGGAUUUCCAUCGAUAACUCAUCGUCCCGACUCAGGACCCCACUCAACCGUGUUCCGUCCGGAGCUAUUCAAGACAACAAUGGAAGCAUACGCAUCAGCGGCAGCUCAAUGUGGCUCGGAUAUUUUCGGCGGAUUCCGACGUGAUGGACCAUACUGUCGUGACAGUCGACAGUGUGGGCGUGGAGCGUCACUGUCUCCAGACUUUCUACUGCCGUGGGUGAAUUUCUCUCCGAUGUUCCCGUUAGAUCGAAACAUGUCGUCGUCAGGACAUCGUCCUCCGCCUCCGCCACCGUCGUCACAUUCUCAUCAUGCUACCCACCCGAAUCAGUAUGGACAUCCACCGCUCUACAAAGGCAACACGCAAAGUGCUGGACAUCAUGGUGCCACUCCACCGUCCCGACGAACGGUCUCUCUUAGCUCGUCGACUUACAGGCCACCAAGCAGUUAUCCGACGAGCAGGUCUAACACUAGUAUGUCAUUGUACCAGAGUUCGAGUCAACCAGUUGGGGUGGCAAGUAAUCAAAAAACUCGUAAACCCUAUUUCAUGCCGUAUAUGAGCCUUGAAGCCGUAACAAGAGGAUUGGCCAACGGUGACCUAGUGAAGGGAUCACUAUGUGUGAACCAACGUAAUUAUGAAGAAUCGUACGUAGACAAUCCUGAUGGCGAUGAUCAACUGGACCUUCUGAUUCUUGGAGUUCACGACCGUAAUCGAGCAUUGCAUGGCGAUGUGGUGAUUGUGCGCAUUAAAGAGCGCAUGAACUGGGUGAUCCGCGAGAACCUCUACCAGGCAUGGCGCGCUGGUCAUCUGAACGUCUCCCGCGAGGAUAAUGGUCAGCCGAUAACAAUUCCUGCCGGGUGGCAGCACCGAAAUCCCGAAUGA